GUCUCUCUCUCCCCAUCUCUCUUCUAGUCCUACACAGUACAACUUUGCUUUCAUGAAACUAACCUCUCUCCUGUUGUAAUACGAGGAAGGAAAACAAGCUGACAAUUGAGGCUCUUACCGGUACCCGUUUCCCUAGGUCGAUUUCGCCACGUGGGAUUUCAACGUUCGAGGUUUAAGCUAUUCCCUCAAGAUGGAUGUUCUUUGCUUGAAUGACGGUAGACAAGGCAUUCAAGGGAAAUCUUUUGAGAGGUCCCCUUCAUCAGGUUCCUCUGAUAUGGAUGCUAAAUUUGGAGACCCCGAAGAGCUUCCUCGUGUUGGAGAUCAAUAUCAGGCUGAAAUUCCUCCAUUAGUUACAUCACCUUGUUCUUCUCAGCUUAUAAACGAGUUUACAGAUUCAGAAGUCAUGGUGAAUGGGCCAGAGUCACUGGGACUACCCAUUCCUCUUAUGAGGGCUUAUUCUAAAGCUGAAAGAUGUCGAGAAGCUUUAGAAUCUUUCAUCAGCGAAGAAGGAAAAGUUGGCUCUCAGAAUGAUUGUGAUCGAUUUAAAGUUGAACCUCAGACUGAUUUUCUCGGCGAGGGGAAAAAUGUCACAGGAGUCUUAAGCUUUCAGUCUUCUUUUAAAUGUGAUGACAUGGGUACUGAUUCAUUUCUAGAACUAAAAAUUAAGUUGGAUGGGGCACAAGACACGUAUCUUAUCCCUGAAUCCCGAGUUGAAUCUUGGACUGCCAUUGAAUAUGACAGUUUUCUCCUGGGCCUCUAUGUCUUCGGGAAAAAUUUUAAUUUUGUAAAGAGAUUUGUUGGGAGUAAAAAAACGGGACACAUACUAUCCUUCUAUUACGGAAAGUUUUAUAGAUCUGACAGCUUUCGGAGAUGGUCAGAUUGCCGGAAGUUGAGAAAUAAGCGGUGUACAUGUGGGCAAAAGAUAUUCACGGGAUGGAGGCAACAAGAACUUCUGUCAAGACUAUUUUCUCAUGUGUCAAGAGAGUGCCAAAAUACAUUGGUAGAGCUUUCUAGGAAUUUUGUGGAGGGAAAGAUGCCUUUUCAAGAAUAUGUAUUUGCUUUAAAGAACACGGUUGGUGUUGGCAUGUUGAUAGAUGCUGUUGGUAUUGGCAAAGGGAAGCACGAUCUCACUGGCACUGCUGUUGAGCCAACAAAGAUCAAUCACGUGUUCUCUAUUCAUCGCGAAAUUCCAAUUGGCAAAGCUUGUUCCACUCUCUCAUCUGCAGACAUAAUCAAAUUUUUGACAGGAGGUUUUAGGUUAAGCAAAGCUCGAUCAAGUGAUCUCUUUUGGGAAGCUGUUUGGCCUCGUCUUUUAGCAAAAGGGUGGCGCUCUGAGAAGCCUAAGGAUUAUAUACCUUCUGGUUCAAAACAAUCUCUGGUUUUUCUUACUCCUGGUGUUAAGAAAUUUUCAAGAUGGAAACUGGUGAAAGGUAACCACUACUUCGAUUCUGUAAGCGAUGUACUGAAUAAAGUAGCAUCUGACCCAGGGCUUCUUGAGAAUGAAAUUGAAGGGGCUGAGGGCAGAGUCAAUGGGGAGAAUGGACAGGACAGAGACAAACAGGACCCGUUUGGUUUGUUAAAUAAGCAGCAGCAUCGUUACCUUCAACCUCUUAAUUCAACCUGCAGUCAAAUUAAAUUCACUAUUGUGGAUACCAGCAUAGCAUAUGAUUUGGAGCAACGCAAAGUGAGAGAGCUGAGGAGUUUGCCUUUUGAAGCUUCAAAUAUAUCCACUUCCAUUAGCCACUCUUCCUGUGAAUCUGAGCAAGAUACAUCUGAGGAGACAGAAGGUCAAUCUGACCAAACUAAUUCUUCAAGUCCUGCAGUAGAGUUUGCAGACAAGGGCACAAGUGUCGAGUCAAAAGAUUGUACUCCUAUAUCUGAAGCACCAAAUGCUGAUGAGCUGGUUGUAGAAUAUCAUAAAUGUGGUUCUGAUCUGCAUAAUCAGGACCAUUCAGAGGAGAACAAUGACUUCAGUUCCAUUCAAAAGGUUUCAUCCAGUUGCACUUCUCGCCCCAUGAAUCUGGAGGAACUUAGACACUGGAGUGAAAGCACUCCUACAGGCAGGAAGUUGGAUUUAAAUGAGCCUACUUCACCACCAAAUAUGUGUGAUGCAUCAGAGGGCUUGUUUCUUUCUGUGGAUUUACAAAAUAUGUCUUCCCCAAGUUCUCCAGUUAAAGGCAGUCCAAGUGGGAGCAAUGCAGGUGUUGCUACUCAGAAGCACCUGGAAGGAGAAGAAUGUGCAGAAAAGCCUAAAACGAGGAUGUUGAUUGACUUGAACCUUCCUCAUUUUCCACCUGAGUUGGGAACUGACAUGGAAAUCGAAAUACCAUCUUUUGUGGUCGAACUGCAAAAUAACGACAUUCAAUGUGCAAGUUCAUCAUCCUCAUCAUAUGAGAAAACCCAGCUCAAUCAGAUAGAGAAGCUUCCUGAUGUUCAUAAGGAACAGCAACCUAACAUUGUCAAUCGUCGCCAGAGUACAAGAAACCGGCCAUUGAGCACAAAAGCAUUGGAAGCUCUUGAGUACGGCCUUCUUAACUCAAAGAGGAAGAGAAGGAAUGUGGAGUACUCAUACAAUAGCUCAAAGUCACAAUGUUUGCGUGCAAGUGGUGAAACAACUGUUAGUAUUACUAGUAAUAAUGGCACUGGUAAUGUUAUGGCAGAGGAAGUAAAUGAACUCCAGGCACAUAGCACCAGCAGUCUUAGCAGCGAGGCUCGCUAUAAUAUCUGAGAAGACUGGUCUGUCCGCUUCUUGAGGGACGUCGAGUUCAUAAAUAUUUUUGAACUACUCAUACUUUCAUUCUUUGAAAUGCUUCCAUAAUGAUGCAAGGAGAUCAAAGCUAUCUCAUCAGCCUAUACUCGAGUUUACCACAAUGUGACAGAAAAAUAAAUCAUCCAAGAAGUGGAUCAUGAGAUUUAAACAUGAUCCUUGGUGCCGAAUCUUGUUUCCUAUCAAAGUGAUAGGAAUCAGAAAUAUGGUUUGUCGAGAACAGGGUUAUCUCACCUCAGAUUUUUAUUUCACGGUUUAAGUAAUGUGACUUAGGAAGCCUAGCAGAUACAGGUGCAAGUCAAAAACAUUUUACAUUGACUUGUAACUAGCAUAAAUUUUCUCCUUGUUGGCGGUGACCUCGUAAUAAUCAUAGUUAUUUGUUAGAUUUAUACGUCAUAAAUGUUGUUUACUCAUUCAGUUAUGUAAAGAUAUAAAUAGCUCUGGUUUGAACAGAUCAAUGUAGGUCUUCAUGUUUUGGGAAAAAGAAAAUUUGAUUCCUCUUUA